GGAGCUGAGCUCUCCCCUUGGACGGCUGCUUCCUGCUGUGUUCACGGGAGGGGGGCGCUUUCUGGCAAGUUGGCUGCUGCAGCUGCUGCUACUGCUACUACUUCAGCUCCCUCUCCACUCAAGGUAAGCAGGCGCAGAGGGAGGGCAGGCUGCAAGGGAAGCCUUUGUACCAUGAACAAGAUCCGCAAGUUUUUCCGAGGAAGUGGGCGAGUCCUGGCAUUUAUAUUUGCAGCUUCUGUCAUCUGGCUGCUCUUUGACAUGGCAGCUCUCCGCCUCUCAUUCAGCGAGAUCAACACUCAGAUCCUGAAGGAAGACGUUGUUCGGAGGGAGCGGGCAGGGUUCAGAGUUCAGUCAGACCAGGUGAAGAGCCUGGACAGCAGCAGGAGCGCGAUGAAGCCCCCACUGAAGGGAUACGGGAAGGGCGUGUGGGGCAAAGAGAACUUUAGGAAGACUGAGGAGAGUAAGCUCAAGGUCGAGGAUGAUUUGGACCAAACCCAGAAGGAAAGGAAAGUACAGAACGCCCCGGGAAGAGGCAAGGUUGCGCCUUUGUGGCAUCCUGCAUCUAGGCAGACUCACCCAGUGACUUUGACCAAGUGGAAGACAGAGGGGCGAGACAUCCGACCUGCAGUUUCCUCUCUCCCCGUGACACCAAAGCAAACGACAGCUCAGGGGCUUGAGAAAACUCCAUUCAUUGUAGCAAGGGGAACUCCACUGGCCAAAAUAUCUGUGCACACAGGACCUGUCGCUAUAAACAAGCAGGGCCCAAAGAGCCAUGGUCUCAACAGUGACACAUCAAAGCAAGCAGCUGAGAGGUACCCAGAUGUGACCGUCAGUCUUGGUAAUGACAGAUCAAAGCAGCAGUACCACGCAGGAGGAAAUGAAAGGACCUACCCUGCCAGCCCACCAGUGCCAAGACCCAGGGAAGCCAUUGCUUUAAAUAAAACUGAGACUCAGAGCAAAGAACUGAAUGCAAAUAAGCACAAAGCCAAUAAGAACCUUACCUUUUCCAAGUUCAUCGCCAAUUCAGAUCACUUAAAGAAGCAAUCUAUUAAUGAGAUACAGUGGGGAGGCUUGCUGAAGGAUGACGGAGCCAAGCUGGCUGAUGGGAAGAAACUCCAUUUGUCUGAAAGCCAUGUUGUAAUUAUAACCAAGGAGGAGGAGCUAAAGACAGACACCCAAGAGGUCCCCAGUUCCAACACCAAAACUAUAUCUCCUAUAGUAGUGGGCAAAAGCCAAGAGAAACUCACUGGCAGGAAGAGCAAUGAGGCAUCUUUCUCUUCACUUGCUCUUCAGAGAGCAGCAGUGUAUCAAACCAAUCAAACCUUAACUGGGGGACAGGAGUUAGUAAGGAUCAACUUAACUGCCAAGACCCAGCCUGCACGACUCAACCAAAGUCAGACAAAAGCCCUUUCCUCUGAAGAUGGCAGAAUGCACCGUGUGUUAAGAAUUGAUGUGACACUUGCUCCAAGGGACCCCAAAGCUCCAGGUCAGUUUGGACGUCCAGUAGUUGUUCCCCACGGAAAGGAGAAGGAGGUGGAAAGAAGAUGGAAAGAAGGAAAUUUCAAUGUCUACCUCAGUGAUUUGAUCCCAGUGGACAGAGCCAUUGAAGACACAAGACCUGCUGGGUGUGCAGAGCAACUUGUUCACAAUAACCUCCCAACCACCAGUGUCAUCAUGUGCUUUGUGGAUGAGGUGUGGUCCACUCUCCUGAGGUCUGUACAUAGCGUCCUCAACCGCUCUCCUCCCCACCUCAUCAAGGAGAUUCUACUGGUGGAUGACUUCAGCACCAAAGACUACCUAAAAGAUAACUUGGAUAAAUACAUGUCUCAGUUUCCAAAAGUUCGGAUUCUUCGCCUCAAAGAGAGACAUGGCUUAAUAAGAGCCAGGCUGGCAGGGGCACAAAAGGCAACAGGUGAUGUGUUGACAUUCUUAGAUUCUCAUGUGGAAUGUAACGUUGGCUGGCUGGAACCUCUCCUGGAAAGAGUUUACUUAAGUAAAAAGAAAGUAGCCUGUCCAGUAAUUGAAGUCAUCAAUGAUAAGGAUAUGAGUUACAUGACAGUGGACAACUUUCAAAGAGGCAUAUUUGUGUGGCCAAUGAACUUUGGUUGGAGAACAAUUCCUCCAGAUGUUGUUGCAAAAAACAAAAUUAAAGAAACUGAUAUAAUAAGAUGUCCCGUCAUGGCAGGUGGAUUAUUUUCUAUUGAUAAAAAUUACUUUUUUGAACUUGGAACAUAUGAUCCUGGGCUCGAUGUUUGGGGUGGAGAAAAUAUGGAGCUCUCUUUCAAGGUGUGGAUGUGUGGUGGCGAAAUUGAGAUCAUUCCCUGUUCCCGAGUGGGACACAUAUUCCGAAAUGACAAUCCCUACUCCUUCCCCAAAGACCGGAUGAAGACGGUGGAGCGGAACUUGGUGCGGGUGGCUGAGGUCUGGCUGGAUGAGUACAAGGAGCUCUUCUAUGGCCACGGGGAUCACCUCAUAGACCAAGGGUUAGACGUCGGAAACCUUACCCAACAGCGGGAACUUCGAAAGAAGCUAAAAUGCAAAAGCUUCAAGUGGUACUUGGAGAAUGUUUUUCCAGACUUGAAGGCUCCCAUUGUGAGGGCGAGUGGUGUGCUUAUUAAUGUGGCCUUGGGUAAAUGCAUUUCCAUCAGAAACACCACCGCCAUUCUGGAAGACUGUGAUGGGAGCAGCAAGCUUCAACAAUUUAAUUACACCUGGUUAAGGCUUAUUAAACACGGAGCGUGGUGCUUAGCUCCUGAGCCUGAUAACGGGGCCCUGAGGCUGCACCUUUGUGAUAACAGAAACAAAGGGCUAAGAUGGCUGCAUAAAUCAACAUCAGACUUCCGUCCAGAACUGGUGAACCACAUUGUUUUUGGAAACUAUCAUCAGUUGUUAUGCUUGGAAGGAAAUUUUACUCAGAAGACCCUGAAAGUUGCACCUUGUGACCCAGCAAAGCCAUAUCAAAAGUGGAAAUUUGAAAAUUAUUAUGAAGACUGAAGAGGAACUGAUAUUUUUAUCUAGUAAACCCACUAGACACUGUGAAUUUGACAGUGAACUUGGUGACUACAUUUCCCCAUGCUAGUUUAAAAUUUUCAAAAUUAAUAACAUUUAAUGGAAGAUUUUUUUUUAAUCACAAUAUUUGAGAUACCAAAAUUUAACUCAGGGAGACAAUCCAGCAUUGGGUUGGAGUCCUUCUUCAGCAUUAGGUGGCCUUUUGAACUGCCUGCUUUCCACUCUGCUGGAAGAAAGCCUGCUAGUUUUCCCAUACCAUCUAACAGGUAACCAGAAAUGAAGACAGAAGAACUUGGAGAAGCACAACGAUAUCCAAUGAUGGCUGAUCAUAACCAGCUCUUUUGACCCACAAGAACCUGGUCCUUUAAUUGCCAGGUUUUCAUCAAAAAUAAAAGAGGUAGAAGGAAAGAAAGAAAGAAAGAAAAUUACUUGAGUUCCUAGACUAAAAGACCUCAGAAACACACAGCUUUCACCUUGGUGAAAUCUCUCCCAACCACACGCUUGUUUACCUAAUGUUAGAAAUAAUAUUAAUAUAAUACUCCUUGAUGGCAGGGUUUUGAUCUAGAUGACUGUAUAAUGUUUUUCCUACUCUGAGUCAGUGGAAAAUUUCUAAGUGAGGAAGUCAAAUGCUUAUUCAAUUCUAGACAUGGAUGUUUCCAUUCAUUUUGUGCUUUUUAAACUGCACUUUAAAAAAUGGCCAUACAAGUAGCUUCUAGAUUUAUGUGGAUAUUAAACAAGAAAAAAAUGCAAAGAAAUACAGACUGCAUCACUUCACACAGUAGUAACUGAAAAUAAAUUUCAUCAUUGAACCUACUCUAAUAUAGAACCAAAGAAGAGGAGUUAAAAUGAAUAAAGCAGAAAUAGAGCACUGAAAAAUAUUAAAGUUCUCUUAUGUGAAAAUACUACUUUGUAUUCAGUAGCAUUCACACAGACAAAGUAUGCUAAAAUAGGCUUUACAAGAUUUCAAGGCAGAAAUGAAGUGAAGGAGACGUAAAGAAAGGGGAAGAGAAUGAUAACCACAGUGAGAAAGAGAGUUAAGAGAAAAAUGUCCUAGAUUUAGCCAAAAUAAGGAAGGGAAUCUUGCACCUCUGUAGGGGAGAAAAGAAUAAAUGUCUAGAUGUAGACCUAAAGAUAACAAUGAUAAAUUUGGAGAAAGUUCCAAUAUUACUUUGAUCCAAAUUGAGUACCUAAUCUUAGGUAUGCCAAAACUUAGUCAUACUGAAAGAUGUCUUAGAAAUCCUGAUAACCUUCACAUUCAUUUGGUAGAAAUUUGAUGUCCAGCAGACACAUUACCUAUCUAAAAAUCCCAGGCCAGUUAGUAAGAGAAUCAGGAUUAGAAUUAGAGUCAGGAUUAGAUUAGAUUAGAUCUCUGGAAUCAGGAUCUCCAGAGAUGGAGCCACCAGCCUAAACAAAAUUGCUCCAUGACACUAUUAAAAAAAAAAAAAAACACAUAAAUUUUUUGGUUGAGGUUGGGUGUCUGGAGAAUAAUCAUGCUACGUGCUUGUUAAUAUUUUUAAAAAAAAGAAAGGAAGAAAGAAACCUGUGCAAUUGAGUUGACAGUGAAACUUGGUGUCCUUAGUUCUGUUUUCCUAUUAAAACUUUAAUUCCCAAUUAAUUACACAAAAACAGAGCAAUAACUAAGAACUGGAAGGGGAAAUAGUUUUGAACAUUUGUAUCAUAUUUAAGAUAUUUUAUGUAAAUAAUUGAUAUUGCAGAUGAGAUGAAAAAAUGACUAGAAAAUGAAAUAAUUCUUUUCAAAGCAUCGCCAUGUGGAGGAUACAACACAAGUUAGUUGCCAGAGGACUAAUUGAGUUGCUGACCAAACUCAAUGUGCUGGAUGUCCUAUGCAAUUCUUUGUGUAAGUGAAAAAAUGUUGAAAGGUUUUCUGCCAGUCUAAUGAAUCUCUUUUUAUUCAAAAACAGUUUCCACCAAAAUUGUCAACUCUGUUCAGAAAAAGAUGAGUUAUGUUUUGGAUAGGUUUCUCUUUGGGUGUACCAGCUGAAGAAAUUCAAAUGUUUUUGCUCAAAAGAACCCUCUGUGACCUGUUCAGUGUAUUUUCCUCGUGGCUUUACCUUGACAUACUUAUUAUGUGAAGCUAUAUUUGAAUCUAUAUUGUCAGUAUAACAAAGGACUAUUUUCAUACAUCACAUGUUUUUUCUUGGGUGGAAUUUUUAAAACAGCUUUUACCAUGUUUUUCCCACUUACUCUAAGAAACAAGGCAAUAAUCAGUAGUUAGAAAUCAUAUGGACCUCACCUUAAGAGUAUUGACUAAUUGUGAAAUCUACUACCAACAUUCUUUCAAGCAAUGUGCUCUAAAUUUUUGUUUUCUGAAGACUGUAAUAAAGGUAUAAAUGUCUCUA